CUAAAGCCAAAGGAGGUAUUUUCGUAUUUUGAAUUCCGGAUUUUGUUGCAAGUUUCCAAAAUCUAUUUUAAGUUAUAUGUGUUCAUGCUUUUGAUAAGAGGACUCUAAUAAAAAGAGAGAGAGAGAAAAAUGGAUAGCUUGUAUUCAACCCUGCAGGAUUUCGUUGUAGAUUAUUGCGAGUAUCUGCCACCAGAUGUUCCAGUCUUGGAAGAACCUCCAUUGCCCAUUGAAUUUCUUAAUAAUUAUGUAAACUCAAGUGUGCCUUUUCUUAUAACAUAUGAUAAAUUUGAGGAACCACCUUUUCUAGCUGUAGAAUUAUGGAGAAGUUCAAAGCAUAUAAGAGACGUGAUGCAAAACAAGAAAGUAACUGUUGCUGUAACACCAGAUGGACGUGCAAAUGCUGUUUCAAAUGAUUUGUUUAUGGUAGCCGAAGAAAGAAGAAUGUUAUUUUCAGAAUUUUUGGAUGAGCUUCAACAUCCCACAACAUCAAGUGUUUAUAGUUUGCAAAAGCCAAAUAACUUGAUUGAGGACCUUGAUCGACUAACUUAUCGUGGUGUUGAUAAUGAUAUAAAAUGGGCGAGUGAAACAUUUGGUAGCAAACCUAAAGAAGCAACUAUUUGGAUGGGAAAGGGUCAAUGUGUUCAUUCAAUGCAUAAAGAUCAUUAUGAGAAUAUCUAUUAUACACUCAUUGGAAUUAAGUAUUUCGAGCUUUAUCCUCCAAUUGCUAUAGGUUGGAUGCCAUAUCAAAAAUAUAAGAAAUAUCAAUGGAGCUACGAUAUGAAAAAGAAAUCGUGGAAAAUGAAUGAUUUGAACGAAGAGGUAAAAGGGAUACCCAUCGAUAUACGACCUAAAUCGCGGGAGAAGUACUUAAUGUAUUCUAAAACAAAAUCAUAUCACGUUCAGUUGAGACCUGGUGAAUGUUUGUAUAUACCAGCCAUGUGGUAUCAUGAAGUUCGUCAACCAUUUUAUUCCAUUGCAGUGAACUUCGUGUAUGACAUGAAGUAUGAUGCGAAAUACCCAUUCCUACGUUUAUAUAAGAAGCUAUGCCAAUUACCUAUUUUGCGUAGUGAUGCUGCUGUGGAUAGACAAUCUGAACUUGAGGAAAGUUUACUUCAGGAACUGAUUGAAGCAGACCUUAGAAGACAUAGAGUCUUUCAACCCAAGAUAAGUAGGAAAUAAGUUGAUACUGUAUUGUGUACAGUUCUGCUUAUAAAAAUGUUUGCACCAGAUGUUAUGCAAAGCUUAUUAGUUAUUAAUAUAACUAUGUAUCUUUUUAUAUUUGUCUUAUUAAAUUUAUACUUUUACCUGGU